AUGCCCCUCGGUGGAUGGCUGAUUUACGGAGAAGAGCUACGUUGUUUGCGUGACGCAUUAUCUUAUCCAGUCAUCGAGUCGAUUACAGCACCCUUGUCAGCCUCAAAUACCAAGUUAUAUAGAAAAUACGGUGUGUCCGAUUUGCUGCCACUGCAAGCGCAGCCGUCCCUUUUAAUAUUCUGUGGGCAAAAAGCUCUCGCGUAG